GGUUUGUGCUGAAUGAUUAAAGACGGCUACAUCAAUACUUAACACUUCUACCUUUGCCUCCUUCCUUAGCAACCAUACCGCAUUCAAUAAUGGCACAGGCCAUCGGAGGCCACUGGUGUGUCCUCACGGCCGUUUGCACUUUGAUGUGGGGAGUUUACUUUAUUUACGACCUCCCUGCCUCACUAUCAACUCCAUUGCAAACAUAUCUAGGCCUUUCUGACUCGAAAUAUGCCUACCUUGUGUCUGCAUUGUACACUGCAUACGCGGCCCCGAAUAUAUUCCUUCCCUUCUUUUCCGGACACCUCCUACAGCGCUUCGGCGAGAAGUUCGCCCUCUUGUUAACACUCACAAGCGUGGUUCUUGGCCAGUUGGUGUUUGUACUAUCUUUUCAGACACGGUUACAAUCGGGGAUGAUCCUGGGCCGGAUCUUGUUCGGGCUUGGUGGCGAGGUUAUGGGGGUUUUCGGAACUGAGAUUACCACCCGAUGGUUCCGAGAUAAACGCCUCUCGCUGGCACUGGCGAUGAACCUCGCGUCAUGGAGAUUAGGUAGUGUGGCCAAUUCAAUUCUAGUUCCGCAAUUGGCCAAAGCCCAUGGCGUCGUUGCUGCAGGCUGGUUGGGUACUGGAUUGUCUCUCGGGGUUUCUAUCCUGAGUGCCUUUUAUCUGGUAUCUAUCAAUGACUCUGAAAGUAAAGGCGCCAGUACAGAUGAGGGAAAUGAUGAAGAGGGAACAAGAAGAAAUAUUAACUUCCUCGCCUCCCUCUCUGAUUACCCCUAUAUGUUCUGGCAGCUAGGACUCAUUUGCAUACUGGGAUACGGCAGCAUAAAUACGUUUACAAAUUCAGCGCAGCGGUUUCUCGCAUUUACAUUUUAUGGUGGUGAUCAGCGUGCUGCUGGCUCGGCGACAAGUAUCCCAUAUAUCUUAUCAAGCGUUCUUGUCCCGCCAUUGGGCCUCUUAUUGGACCUACCAUUAUUCAAUCGCUAUCCAGCUUCCCUGAUUAUUACUAAUUUGCUUAUGUUCUUUUCACAUCUGCUAUUCCUGGUCAGUACUGAUAUCGGACCAGUCUUUCCAUUGAGUUUACUGGGCAUUGCAUACGCGCUUUUUGGGGUUGCAUUUUGGACAAGUCUCACACGGUGUCUUCUUUUUGUGGCUAGGUCGUGGUCUGCAAAAUCUAGAGGGAUAGUACAAAGUGCAACUGAGAGACAGUACGGGACUAAUGUCACCAAUGAUGGUAAUCAGGACAGCACUGACCCUGUAAUUUAUCAGGAGGUAAUCACGUUUGGGUUUGGAUUCAUGACAAGUCUUAUGAAUUUGGCUACUGGGGCUGUUCCGAUUCUUCUCGCUGGUGCUGAGAAUAUCGCGGGAUACAUGGGUUUGGAGAUGGUCUUUCUUGUACUUGCAGUCUUAGGAUGUUUAACUUCGGUGCAUUUGGCGUGGAUGUGGAAUGGCAUAUAGAUUCCAGUCUAUAGAGUUAAACUACAUAGAUAUGACAAGAUCAAUUUUCAGUAGCUGAAAUAUGUAGUAUUUGUGGCUCAUAAAUUGGUCCACAGUUGUA